UUGAGGAAAUGCUGCAUAACAUCACAUAGCGCGGUGAUUGACGAUAAAGCGUUGCGGUUGUGCAUACAGCGAGCGCUGCCGGCUAAUAAGCGCUUGUUUCGUGCCUGCGAGAUGUUUGAGAACUUGCGGGAGCGUUUCCUCAAUGUGCAGCAGGACCUCACUAGCGGCUUAAAAAGUUUGGGGGACAAGUCAAGAGAUGUGAAGAUUAAGAAACAGCACAGGCCAGUUGACCAGAUACCAAAGUUUCCAGCAGGCUCUGAGCUCCUUAGCAGGUAUGAAGAUAAUUGGGCCACCUUGCAUAGAAGAACCAGGGAAACUGCUAAGGCUGGAGAGCUAGCGGACAGUGAAGUUGUGAUGCUGUCUGCUCACUGGGAGAAAAAGAGGACCAGUUUGGUAGAGCUGCAGGAGCAGCUGCAACAAAUCCCAGGCUUUCUGGCUGAUCUGGAGUCUGUGACCGCUAAACUUGUUAUGCUGGAAGAUAGCUUUGAAGAUGUUGAAAGACGCCUGUCCGAGCUGGAGGAGUUGUGUGAGCAGUGCGAACUGCAGAGAUACAAGCAAAUCCAGUAUGUGCAGCUGGAAAACUACAAGAAGAUAAAGAGGAAGGAACUUGAGAACUUUAAAGGUGAACUGGAUGCUGAGCAUACCCAGAAAGUUCUGGAAAUGGAGUACACCCAGCAAAUGAAGUUGAAGGAACGCCAGAAGUUCUUUGAGGAAGCAUUUCAGCAGGACAUGGAACAGUACCUCUCUACCGGAUACCUGCAAAUAUCAGAAAGACGGGAGCCCAUCGGGAGCAUGUCUUCAAUGGAAGUCAAUGUGGACAUGUUGGAGCAAAUGGACCUAAUGGACAUGUCAGAUCAAGAAGCUCUAGAUGUCUUUUUAAAUUCUGGAGGAGAAGACAAUGUGUUGUCUCCUAUGAUAGGCCCUGAUUACAGUUCGUGUCACAGCGAUAUUACACUUCAGGUCCCUAGCCAGGCUGAGCUCAGGCAAAAACUUUCUUCUUUGUCUUCUACGUGCACGGAUUCUGCCAGUCAAGACAACAGCGAAGAUGGAAGCGAGUCUCCAGUUAUACAGUCGGAUGAUGAGGAUGUCCACGUUGAAUCUGUGUUAGCAGGUGUGGCAGGCCACGGUGCAACAGCAAAUUCUGAUGCCAGCGAUGAAAGUGACACUAAUGCCGCAUGAAUGCAGUGAUUUGCCUCUAUGUGAAUGAUGGGGAAGAAAAAAUACCUUGUCCCUCUCUGUCAAAGCCAGAUAUUUUUAAACAUAACCGAAGGACAUUUUCAUUUACCGUUUUACACAAAAAAUGUGUAUCAAAGUAACUUUGUCAGUGUAAAAAAUGAUAGUACAUUUUCUAGGGGGAACGUAUUUACAUGGAAUCUUAUACCUUGUUUUUGUUUGUUCAGAAAAACAAUUUCUAACAUCUGCAUGCUGCACAGCUAAAUAUGUGUUUUAUUUCAUAUUUUGUGAAGCGUUCCAGAGUGCCAUUACCAGAUCAAACUAUAUCGCCAACAGAUAUGGAUUAUUGUGUAUUAUUUCCGAUGGAAAAUACUACGCCAACAAAAUGAGUUGGAGGCCUUGUCUGAGCUGGGAAACUUACAACUGCUCCAUCAUCUUAUUCUGGAAUAAUGCCUUUUGGGAUGGAGAUUUGGUAACAGUGUAUUGUCAUGCAAAGAUGGGAAUAACCUCUGAGAAUAUUAACUUCAUUAAACCAAUAUUCUUUUGAUUCAA